GAAUUCCAGAUUAGUCAAUUGACUGUGAUUAAAAUUUUCUACUUUCAUUGUAGGAUCGCCUGGAAUACUCGAGCUACGGAAGUGGCUUGACCAAUGAUCACUACCUUGGGACAACACAAGGAGAAUUGUAUGGAUUAGAUCACGAUGCCAGUCGAUUCAGUCUUCCGGUGCAAGCAGCACUGACGCCCUCCAUGGGUCUGGAUGGUUUGUACCUCACUGGUCAAGAUAUCUUGUCAGCUGGUUUCACUGGAGCUUUGACAGCAGGUACUAUAACUGCGUCUGAGAUUCUAGGACGGAACUUGCUUCUUGAACAUAAGUCCUUCAUGAAAAAGUUGGGGAAGAAUGAUGCUAAAAAGUUGAAAUGAACCGGUGAACAAAUGUGAAAUUCAAGUGGUGGUCGAGAAUUCCCGUAUAUUGCGCAAAGGCCUGUGGAGACUACUAACUUGGUUGUUGAAAUAAAAGCUAUUCAUCGAGUUGGACA